AUGGCAAUAUCAAAAGAGUUUAAAAAGGAAGUCAGUAAAGCUUUUGGUCCUUCAAAAUUACUGGAUGAUGAAUAUAAUAAACUACAUUCAUUGACUGAAAUUUUCAAUAUAGAUGUAGAGGAUUUAUAUAUCGAAUGGGAAUCGUUUAAUAUCCUUCAAGAAGAAAUGAAUUUAAAUCUUGAAAGUUUAAAUAUAUUUCAACAAUUCCUUCAGGAUAAACUAUCAAGCAACAAAGCAAGUAACAAUUUGAAAAAACCAAGAGAUUUUAAAACUGCAACUCCACAAUUAAAAAAGAAAAGAAAACUCGAUAAUCCAUCUUCAUCUCCAAAUUAUAAAACCCCAAGUGCCCAUGCUUCAUCUCCAGUUACAAGUGAAUAUGAAACUGCAAAUAAUACAUUUGUAUCAUCGCCAAUUAAAAAAGCUCCUUCAAAACCAUCACAUACUUUAUUAGAAACAUUAAAUCAAGAUAUUGCACCAAUUGAAACGGAAUUAUCAGAGGAGAAACAGUUUAAAUUAUCUGCUAAUUUUGAUAUUGAAAAAUUUAAAUUCAGAACCAUGCAAAUGAAAUUACUAGAAAGUGCAGAUGUUUUAGAUGAUCAAAUAGAUAGAUUUGCGCAAUUAUAUCAAAAUUCAAACAAGGAUUCAAACUUAUCAUUUGGUAAUCCUUGUGUUAGUUCUCAGUUUGAUGUAUUAUGUUGUGGAAGAAUAGUACCUGACUCACCAAUAUAUGAUACAAAGGAAAUAUUAAAUAGUACUUCAUUAUACUUAGAAACUUCAAGAGUAGUAGGUAUUGGACAAAGAGUACCCUUAGAUCUUAGUAAAUUGACUGGUUAUUCAUUUUUUCAAGGUCAAAUUGUUAUAUUAAAAGGUAGAAAUCCAACAGGUAAGAAAUUUAUAGUCGAUGAAGUUAUGAAAUUACCCGAAUUGGGUCAAUCAGUUAGUGAAGAAGAAGAAAUAAAACAAUUUGAAAAUAUACAACAAGAUGUAUUAAAGGUUAUAAUUGUAUCCGGGCCACUUACAAACUCAAACAAGUUAGAUUUUACAAGAUUUGAGAAUUUGAUAGAGAAGAUCAAUACUGAAAUAUUACCAAAUGUAGUUAUAUUAAAUGGGCCAUUCUUAGAUCUAACUAAUAAAUGUAUUGAAGAUGGUGAUAUAGAAUUAAACGACGGUCAACAACCACCUAAAAAUCUAGAUGAUUUAUUUAAAAGAAUUAUAACUCCAUUGAUUAAAAAAAUUGAUUCCAGAAUUCAAAUUAUAUUAUAUCCAUCAUUGAAAGAUUCAUGUAUAAAACAUUGCUCAUAUCCUCAAGAUAUAAUAGAUAGAAAGAAAUUCAACCUUCCCAAAAAUGUUAAAAUUUUCCCUAAUCCAUCAAGUUUUUCAAUUAAUGAAAUAUUAAUAGGUAAUUCAAAUUUAGACAUAUUCAAAGAUUUAAGAGAUGUUGUAAAAGAAGACCAAAGUAUUAGUUCAAAUAGAUUCGAUAGAAUAAUUCAUCACAUCUUUGAUCAAAGACGAUAUUAUCCAAUAUUUCCAGGAUCAGUCAAUACAAACAAUAGUGAAAUUAAUGAAUUAUACAAUGGUGCUCAUGGUGAUGAAAUUUCAAAUAUUCAAGUUGGUGGAUCAUCUUUAGAAACUCCGUAUUUGGGAUUGACUGAAAUAGAUCCAUUGCCUGAUAUACUUAUAUUACCAUCAGAGUUGAAAUAUUUUGCAAAAGUAAUUAAGGAUGUAUUGGUUAUAAAUCCUGGAUUUUUUAUAAAACCUUCAAAAGACAUAGAUAGAGAAGACGGAUCUUAUGUAUUAUUGAAUAUCAAAUCUCCUACAUUGGAUGAAUUGGAUAAAGUGAAUGAAGAUGGAAAUUUAUUUUAUCAUACUGUGCAAAAAAGAACCAGAGUAGAUAUAUAUACUAGUUAA